UGUGAUAAUUUAGAACACACAAGACAACCUUACUCACGGCAACAUUGUUCCUUCCGACCAUCAUCACAUUGCCCUUUGCAAACAAAACAGAAAAAAUAACCCAUUUUUGAUUCCCAACAACACAACCCUUUUCAUUCCAAUGGCACCAAAGGAAUCGCCAUUGAUAAUCAGAGACAAAAACCAGAUGAGAAAAUGGUCAAGAACAAUGAGAUCACAAGGAAAUAUCAUUGCUCUUGUUCCCACCAUGGGUUACCUUCACCAAGGUCACCUUUCUCUCAUCAAUGAAGCUCACAAACACGCCAAUCUCGUUGCUGUUUCAAUCUAUGUCAAUCCGGGUCAGUUUUCUCCAAACGAGGAUCUUUCCACAUACCCUUCUGAUUUUCAAGGUGAUAUUCAAAAGCUUUUGUCUGUUCCCGGUGGUGUUGAUGUUGUUUUCAAUCCUAUUAAUUUGUAUGAUUAUGGGGAGAUAGAUUCUGGUGGUGAGGGUGUUGUUGUGGUGGAGGGUGAUCAAGUUGUGUCUUGUAUUGAGAAGAGUGGAUUGGGACAUGAAACUUGGGUUAGAGUUGAGAAACUUGAAAAGGGUCUUUGUGGGAUGAGUAGACCUGUUUUCUUUAGAGGGGUUGCUACUAUUGUUACUAAGUUGUUUAAUAUUGUGGAACCUGAUGUUGCUGUCUUUGGUAAAAAGGAUUAUCAGCAAUGGAGAGUUAUUCAGAGAAUGGUUCGAGAUCUUGAUUUUUCCAUAAAAGUGAUAGGUUCUGAAAUAACAAGGGAAAAUGAUGGGCUUGCAAUGAGUUCGCGCAAUGUACAUCUUUCACCUGAAGAAAGGGAAAAGGCGCUAUCUAUUAACAAAUCAUUAUCAAGAGCCAAGUCAGCAGCAAAAGAUGGUCAGGUGCAGUGUGAGAAAUUGAAGAACUUAGUCAUCCAAUGCAUUACUGAAGCUGGGGGAAUAAUUGACUACGCAGAGAUUGUUGAUCAACAUAGUUUAGAGAAAAAGGAAUUCAUCAAAGGUCCUGUUGUGUUCUGUGUUGCUGCAUGGUUUGGUAAAGUCAGGCUUAUAGACAACAUGGAAAUCAACUUGUAAAUGAGUGUUACAACUCAUAUUUUAAUCUAACCUUGUGUCUCAUCUCACACAUGGAGCACAGAGCUAUUGGCUAGUAGUUCUAUCAGUUCAUGGGGGUAUAGGACAUAGAAUAUUUUUUCUACAAUACAUACAUAAGAUGCAUUUUACCGCCUCACAAAAUUCUAGUAGGGACACUAGCUAUGUCACUGGUAGAAAUCAGGGAACUGGUCUUUUUCCUUCACAGGACCAAAAAUUAUUGCAUAGAUUAUUUAUAAGGGUUCAACUAUAUGUUUAAUUACAACUCCAUGGAAGUGGAGGGGAGAACCGUAGUUUGCUGAGUGCAAAAAUUGGGAUGGAAUAAUUUGGAAUAAUUGGGAUGGAAUAAUACUGUCUGGCAGCUAUCCUUAUGGAUCAGUUUUUCUGCCCCAACCUUUUGAUGAGUUGUUUAAGCUCUUCCCAA